UCAAGAUAUCCCAGCUCAUUAAAUCGACAAAUUUGUAUGAAUAAUACUUCAUUUUAUAUUUGCCAAAAGAAUUAAGGAAAUAACUUUACAAGCCGCUGAUGAUGAUGGAGAUCGAUCCCCUUAUCCUCGAAGUACAUCAAAAGCGGGCUCUUAAAAUUGUUUUGGCCACUUUGGCCCGUUGUCUUAUAGUAUCGAAUUUCCUGGCGGAUGCUUUGCACACUUACCACCAUUGGCACCUGGAGAGGAUUGCGCUGACCAUGAGUUGGCACUGUAGCUAUUGGGUAGCUGGGGUCUAUAUAAGUCUUCUGGCAAUGGCGCAAGUUAUGGGAUCCCUUUUCCUUGUGGUCCUCAAAAGAAGAUUUUUGGCUACGGGAGUUCUUUGGCUGGCUGCCCACCUGCGAAUGGCUGCCAAUCCGGUGCUGUGGAGUCUGCCCAGGUACAUGGAGCUCUGUGGCUUGAUCAGUGCGAUCCUAAUGUUGAUGCUGAAAUCCCGACGCCAGGCCGUAGAAUCCUUUCUACUGAUCACAUACCUCAACUGCAAGGAUCUCGACUCCAUUGUGUGGCACAUCGUCUACAAAUACUUUCUUCGACUCCUGCUGGUCUUCGUGAUGGUCCGUUUUCGGGUAAGGCUAUCUACCGGACUGCUGGUUCUUUUGCUCGCUCUGCACUCCAUGGAUAAGCACAUGUGGUCAAAAGAGUCCUUUCAUGAGAAUUCGCUGGCUAUGAGGGAUCUUAAACGCUUUCACUUCUGGAACAAGGUGUCUCUAACUGGGGGACUGAUCCUAACUGCCGUAUCCACUCGGUUUUACUUCAUAUUUUAA